AGAAGCUAGCUCUUUCUCUGUCCGCCUCUCUCGCUCCUUCAGAACAACGCAGACCAGAGUCAUGGAGGUGACACCAAACCACACUCAGACCGUGACCGGGUGGGCGGCCAUGGACGAAGGAUCCGGCAAGGUUGAGCCCUUCAUCUUCAAGAGAAGGGAGAAUGGCGUGGACGACGUGACUAUCAAGGUGCAGUACUGCGGCAUGUGCCACACCGAUCUCCAUUUCAUCCAAAACGACUGGGGCAUCACCAUGUACCCCGUCGUCCCCGGCCACGAGAUCACCGGCGUCGUCACCAAGGUCGGCGCCAACGUCUCCGGCUUCGAGGUCGGCGACCGUGUCGGCGUGGGGUGCAUCUCCGCGUCGUGCCUCGACUGCGAGCACUGCCGCCGCUCCGAGGAGAACUACUGUGACAAGGUCACGCUCACCUACAACGGCGUCUUCUGGGACGGCACCGUCACGUACGGCGGCUACUCGAGCGUGCUCGUGGCGGACAAGCGCUUCGUGGUGCGGAUCCCGGACAACCUGCCGCUGGACGCGGCGGCGCCGCUGCUGUGCGCGGGCAUCACGGUGUACAGCCCGAUGAAGCGGCACGGCAUGCUGCGGUCCGGCGGGAGCCUCGGCGUCGUCGGGCUGGGCGGGCUCGGCCACGUCGCGGUCAAGUUCGGCAAGGCGUUCGGCCUCCGCGUCGCCGUCAUCAGCACGUCGCCGGCCAAGGAGCGGGAGGCCAGGGAGCGCCUCAAGGCCGACGACUUCAUUGUCAGCACCAACCAGAAACAGAUGCAGGCCAUGACCAGAAGCCUCGACUACAUCAUCGACACUGUCUCGGCCAAGCAUUCGCUGGGUCCAAUCUUGGAGCUGCUUAAGGUGAACGGCAAGCUAGUGCUCGUCGCGGCGCCGGACCAGCCCGUCGAGCUUCCUUCUUUCCCUCUCAUAUUUGGGAAGAGGACCGUGAGUGGGAGCAUGACGGGAGGGCUGAAGGAGACGCAGGAGAUGCUGGACCUGUGCGGCGAGCACAACAUCACCUGCGACAUCGAGCUCGUCUCGACGGACAGGAUCAACGAGGCGCUGGCACGGAUGGCGCGCAACGACGUCCGAUACCGCUUCGUGAUCAACAUCGGGGGCAAUUCAUCAAAGCUCUAGUUGGUGUUUGCUGUGCCUGUGCUGUGUCAUCAGCAGCAGCAUACCACUGCAGUAAAAGUCAGUUCGUGGCUACUUAGCUUGCAGCGGAGUGCAGCGGCCAGUUCUGCAUGGCAUCGGCUGGUUGGCAUGGAACAUCGUUGGGGACGACAGAGCUUGCGAUUGCUUGUCGGCUUCUUCUUAGGUGGGCUGCUUGUCGGCUUCUUCUUAGGUAGUGGUGGUGCGGCAUGGUGAUGUUGGGUGGAGUCGAGUUGAGUUGCGCAAUUGCGUUGAUGUCGCAAUUGAAUCGGUUGUCGUUGAGUCGAAUUCGAGAGGAGUUGUGCAGUCGUGUUUGGCUGGUGGUGUUGUUGUUGCUUGUUGUGGCGCCCAGUCUUGUUCCUCCUUUUUAAUAUAAUCGGCAGCUUUUCUGCAUGGUUCGUUAAAAAAAAAA